CCUAGCGGAAGUGAAAGGUGGUCAGGAGAGUGAUGGGUUUGGGUAUCUUCGUGUAUAGAGAGAAGCUGUCUAUAGACUGUACAGUAUAGCGGGAAUGGAGGCUGUUCUCCCUAUAAACCAGUUAUAUAGCCGAGGAAGGUGGUGCAGAAUUGGAAUGAAAGUCCUUAGCCAGGUUAUGUGUUGAUCAGUCCUCAUGCGGUUUAUUCAGGACGACCUGCAAAAAUCAUAUGUAAACAUGAUGAUGAAUAUUAUCAUUCUGUGCAUGAUCCUAUGCAUAUCUUUAUCUUUCUGGAUAAUAUCACUCACAGCAAGUACAUAUUAUGGUGAUCUCACGCCAGUCUCUCCUUGGCGCUGGUUAGUGUCUGUAGUGAUUCCACUGAUCAUCAUAACUCAUGGAUUAAGAAAGAAGAGCCUGGAUAACAGUGGAGCCCUUGGGGGACUUCUGGUUGGUUUCAUCCUCACUGUGGCCAACUUCAGCUUUUUCUCCUCUCUACUGGUUUUCUUCGUUACCAGCUCCAAACUCACAAAAUGGAAAGGCGAAGUGAAAAAACGCUAUGAUUCAGAGUAUAAGGAAGGAGGACAGAGGAAUUGGGUGCAGGUUUUUUGUAAUGGUGGUGUCCCUGCAGAACUGGCUCUACUCUACAUGGUAGAAGUUGGUCCUGGUGAAAUACCUAUAGACUUUUCAAAAGAGUAUACUGCUUCAUGGAUGUGUUUAUCACUCUUGGGUGCUCUAGCAUGUUCAGCUGGGGAUACUUGGGCUUCCGAAAUAGCACCUGUACUCAGCAAAAGUUCUCCACGAUUAAUAACUACAUGGGAAAAGGUUCCUACAGGCACAAAUGGAGGUGUUACUCUAAUCGGACUUUUAGCAAGCCUUCUUGGUGGCCUAAGUAUCGGUGUGGCAUAUUUUGUUACCCAGCUUCUGUUUGUGCAUGAUUUAGACAUUGCAGCUCCACAGUGGCCCAUUGUUAUCUAUGGAGCAGUGGCUGGCCUGGCUGGCUCAGUUAUUGACUCCUAUAUGGGAGCGAUCAUGCAAUAUUCAGGUUAUGAUGAAAAUACAGGACAGAUUGUCAAUCAUCCAACAAGGGACGCAAAACUAAUUUCAGGAAAGCCUAUCCUGGAUAAUAACGCAGUAAAUCUCUUCUCAUCCAUAUUUGUGGCUCUGAUGCUUCCUGGUGUUGCGUGGAGUUUUUGGCCUAGAGUUUGAAAUCCUGGUCAGGGAAAAUGUAAAAACUUAAUAACUAGCUAAAGAAAUAACUUUUUUUUAAGGGCAACUAUGUAGUUGCAGUGAGGGCUUAUUUAUUUUGUUGUAAAACUGGCCAAAAAUAAUGAGAGGAGAAAAAUUGCCUUGGAACAUCUAUGAAAAUGAAGUUCUGUCCUAACUUAAGGAGCGAUUAAUAAAACUUGACAUUGGCCCCAGUUAUUAGAAUGAAGGAAAGCAAAACCAGGUGUAGAACAGAUAAAUUACACAACACAAAUGUGAGAAAAACCUAUAGGAUGAAAUAA